AUGGCAUCAUCAAUUGUCUCCACUUUCCAUUUUGAAUCCUACCCAAGACUGUCACCUUCAAAGCUACAUGAAGAAUUUGGGGGGAAGACAGUUAUCGUGACCGGCGGUGGUUACGGAAUUGGUUCUUCAAUUGCUCGUAGCUUUGCUGAGGCUGGUGUUGCAUCGAUUAUUUUGGCCGGACGUACUGAGUCCAGUCUGAAGUCGACGGUUAACGACUUGGCACAAUCCUUUCCAUUGCUAAAGGCCAGCUACCGCCUUGUUGAUAUCUCGUCUACAGCAUCUGUCAAGAAAUUGUUUGAAUCUCUAACUGAAUCGCCUGAUACACUCGUCAACAAUGCCGAGUUUAUGUCUGAGCCUCAGAAUUUUCUUACUGCCGACAUAGACGAGUGGUGGAAAGGCUUUGAGGUUAACGUCCUUGGUACAACUAUUGUUACGCAGGCUUAUCUGCAGCACCGAUUGGCAAGCAAACCUAGUUCACCAGGUGUAGUUGUCGCUCUCAAUAGCUUUGCUUCAUUUGCUGUUCGGGCGCCGCAUCUGUGGGCAUACAGUGGUAGCAAGAUUGCAUUGGCCCGCAUCUUUGAGUUGGCUGUUGCUGAUGUCCCUUCAUCUCUUGCACGCUUUAUAAGCAUUAACCCGGGUGCUGUUAAAACGGCAAUGUAUUAUAAGUCCGGACUUGAGGGAUCUACAGAUAUGCCAACGACUGAUUCCAAGCUCUCUGCUGAGUUUAUUGUCUGGGCUACUUCAGAAGAGGCUGCGUUUCUAUCUGGACGGCUGGCAUGGGCUAAUUGGGAUGUUGACGAGUUGGUUGCCAACAAAGAAGAGAUUCUGAACAAGGAUUUGCUCAUUUCGGGCCUCACCGUGGCCUAA